AUGAAAAUGGAGUGGAAUAGCUCAACUGAUCAAGUUUCUAAUAAAUUAUUGGAUGAAAAAGGUGAAAACGCUGAAACAUGGAAAAGAAACCCUGGGCAAAAAAAUGAAUUUCCAACUGAACUUUGCAGCAGUGAAUAUAAAGACAGUUCAGUUUCUUCUGCAAACAGGAAGGAUAAAGGAUAUGCAUGGUUGAUUGUGUUAUGGUCCUUUAUGGUCCAUGUCUUCAUAGCUGGAAUUGUCUACACAAUUGGAGUGACAUUUGUCAUAUUUCUAGAUACAUUUAAAGCCUCUAAGGGAGUGACAGCUUGGGUUGGAACCAUUUGCAGGAGCGGUUAUUCUAUCACAGCACCAGUAGGCAGUUUGUUGACUAACAAAUAUGGCAGCAGGCCUGUGGUUAUCUUGGGUGGUGUUAUAUCUGCAAUUGGUCUUGGAACAAGUGUGUUUUCAACAAAUAUAUACCACCUGUAUAUCACAUUUGGAAUAAUUACAGGGGGAGGCUUAGGAAUAGCUCAUGUUCCAGCCAAUACAAUUAUCAAUGACUAUUUUGAAGCCAAGAAGACAAUUGCGUUUGGAAUAGCAAAAGCUGGACUUGGCAUAGGCUCAUUCCUAUAUCCUCUACUGAUUGAAGCCCUAAAUGAGGAAUAUAGAUGGCGAGGAACUAUGCUUAUUUUGUCAGGGAUCGGAUUAAAUAUCUGUGUAUGUGAAUAUUCUCUUUUGAUGGGUAUUGGAGGAAGUGAAAGUGCAAUGUUGUUUUCUGUACUUGGUAUCACUAAUAUUGUUGGACUACUUUUGUUUGGAGUCAUAGCACAUCACCCAAAGGCAGAUGCCAUGCUGCUCUACAUUGGUGGUCCUAUUGUGUGUGGUGUAGCAACAGUGUUACUACCUUUGCUUACACAAUAUGGACAAUUACUUGCUUAUUCUGGAUUGAUAGGACUUUGUAGUGCAACAGCUGAAGUACUUUCACCAACAAUAAUUUGUCAGAUCUUAGGGCCUAAUGAACUACCAAAUGGUUAUGGUGCAACAUUGGCAUGUGCUGCAUUUGGGAUGUUAUUAGGUGGACCUGUAGCAGGUUUCAUGUAUGAUUCACUUCAUUCAUACAAUGGCUCAUUCUUUGUGGGUGGUGGGGCAAUUAUUACAAGCGCACUUUGCAUGGUUGUGCCUUAUUUACGCUUGAGAAAAAAACAUUCACAUAGGCCCCUUGAGGCUGUUAUUGAGAAACUGCAACCUCUUAUGGAUGACACACUAAAGAUGUAAUUUAUAAACUUUAUCGCAUAAAUCAAUUUGUAAUCAUGGAGCAACAUACAUUUAUAUUAAUUAAUAAAGCAUAAACAAUAGACAAAAAAAUCAUCAAUUGAUGUAUUCCUCAACUGAAUAAAAAGAAAAACAUGGACGUUUUUAAUCAUUGAUAAAUCCUAAUCAAGAAUUUCCUAAUCA